AUGGAGGAUGAGCGCGGGCGUGCCGCGGCGCGGGCGUGGGCGCCGGGCCGGCCUCCGCCCCCGCGCCCGCGCCCGCGCCCGCUCGCCCUCGCCCGCGUCGAGGGCGUGGCCCUGCUGUGGCUGGCGGUGGCGGCCGCCUGCCUGCCGCUGCCCGCCGCGCGCGCCAUCUGCCCGUCCAAGUGCGCGUGCGACGACGAGGUGCUGCGCGCCACGUGCGAGAGCGCGGGCCUCGAGGUGGUGCCCAUCCAGCUCAACCCCGAGGUGCGGUCCAUCAGCCUGCGCGGCAACCGCAUCGUGUCGCUGCACAUGUCCUUCACCUUCUACAUGAACCUGCGCUGGCUGGACGUGUCGCGCAACCGAGUGGCGUCGCUAGGCGCGCGCGUCUUCGAGUUCCAGGAGAAGCUCGUCCACCUCAACAUCAGCGGCAACGAGGUGUCGACGCUAAGCAAGGACGCGUUCCGGGGCCUGCGCUCGCUGCGCGUGCUCGACCUGAGCGAUAACCUGCUGGAGGCGCUGCCGGCGGCGGCGCUGGUCGACACGCCCGACCUGGCCGAGCUGUACCUGGCCUCCAACCGCCUGCUGAGCGUGCCGUCGGGGGCGCUGCGCCGGCUGCCGGCGCUGAAGCUGCUGGGACUGAGCGACAACCUGCUGGAGGCGCUGGAGGAGGAGGCGCUGCCGGCGCUGCGCGACCUGCGCGCGCUGCACCUGCGCGGCAACGUCGUCAUGCGCGUGCACCGCGCGGCCUUCGACGGCCUCCCCGCGCUGCAGGGCGUUGCGCGGGGCGGGUUGCAGACGCUGGACCUGAGCGACAACAACCUGACGUCGGUGCCGACGGCGGCGCUGGCCAAGCUGGCGCGCCUGGCCGACCUGGACCUGAGCGGCAACGCGCUGCCGGCGCUGGAGCCCGUGGCCUUCCAGAGCCUGUUCGAGCUGCGGCGCCUGCGCCUGUCGCGCCUGCCGCGCCUGCGCCGCGUGGACGCGCGCGCGCUCGCCGACAACGUGCGCCUGGAGAGCGUGCAGCUGGACGACACGGGGCUCGACACGCUGCCCGCGCGCCUCUUCCACGACCGGCGCGCGCUCGUCCACAUCUCGUUCCCGCUGGACCAGCUGCGCUCGCUGGCGCUGGGCGACAACCCGCUGCACUGCAACUGCUCGCUGCUGUGGCUGUGGCUGCUGACGCGCCGGCAGCUGGAGGUCGAGGCGCGCAACGCGUCGGCGGAGGCGGCGGCUGCGGCGGCGGCGGGCGGCGGCGGCGGCAGCGCGGGCGACGCGGGCGGCGCCGCCACCCUGCACCUCGACGUGGACGCCAUCCGCUGCGCCGAGCCCGAGCCCCUGCGCUACAAGCUGGUGGCCGAGGCGCCCGAGGCCGCCGUGCGCUGCGACGCCUCCUGGCUCUCCGUCAUCAUCGUCGCCAUCGUGGUGCUGGCGCUGUUCGCCGGGACGGUGCGGCCUGCUGCUGCUGGUCGGGGUCGGGCCGCUGUUGCCGGCGCCCGGGCGAGGACGGAGGCCGAGGCGUCGGCGCGCGCUUGCUUGCGGCGGCGGCUGCGCACGCAACCUGCAGAAACGGCGGCGGUGCUCAUGCUGUCACCAGCAAGGAGAACGCCGACCCGCAUGGAGGGCGUGGUGCUGGGCGCCAAGGACGCACCACCCGCCGCCCGUCACCUUCCUGCACCACCCGCAACCACCGCUCCCGCCCAUGACGCGUGGGGGACCGCCCUGCUCAGGAGACGCCGCCCGACGCCACGCCCCCGCGCCGCCAACGUCGACCCGCGCCCUAGCCACUCAACGGCGCCGCGCCGCGCAAGCCCCACAUCGGUUACGUGUAACGCCACCACCAGCCGCCGCGCCCUCUCUCGCCGCCCCGCCCUUCCGCCCGUCCCGGCCGCGCUCCACCGCCACCACCACCGCUCGCCCGGCGCCCGCCAACGGCUGAUUUCUUCCACACAUUCUCGUCUAAAGGAAAACUUCCUAUAA